AUGGAUUCUAAAUUAAUUGAAGAAUUUGAUUACUUAGACAAAGAUCAGAAAACAUAAAUGCUCAUUAAUCUCAAAUCAUAUAUUAGUCAAUUGCAAUCAUAAAUUCAAGAAUUAGAAAGAAGUGCUAUUGAUAUCAUUAUAGAAAAAGAUGAAAAAAUUUUAUAGUUAGAAAAUAUUAUCAAUUAAUAUACACCUUUAAAAUAGUAUAAUAAAGACGAUGAAAUCAUUUAAUUGAAAACGUAUCAUAACUUAUUUUACAUUAGUCAUAUAACAGAAUUAUACUCAAAAAUUGAUUCUGAUUAGACUUAACAUUUUGAAGAAUUAUAAGAAAUGGAUCGAAAAUGGAAUUCUUAUUUAUUAGAUUAGAUUCAUUUGAGUAGUCAAGAUGGAUAACAAUAAAAAAUUGAAAUGUUAGAAUCCUUACUUAAUCUUGAAAAAAAGAAUCAGAAGUAUGAACAAGAAGUAUACUUUAAGGUAAAUUCUAGCUGAAAAUCAAAGAAAAUUAAACUAUGAUCGAUAAGAAUACUAUUAAUUCAUUCAUUAAUAAAAUUUAAUAACUUUAAGAUGAAUCUUAGGAUCUCAAUUAAUAAUUAAACAAACUAUAAAGAGAAAAAGAUUUGUAGCGUGAUCAUCUAUAAUCUGAUAAAAAUGCACUUGAAAUAAAAAUAAAUGUAAAUUAUAUCUCUUAUUCCAAGAAAUUAAAUAUCAUUCAAAACUAAAAGGAAAAACAAAUCUAAAGUCUAAAAGUCUAAAAUGCCAAAUUUAUUUAAAUUAACAAAGAAUUGACAAACUAAAUAAAUGAUUUAAGAGAACAAAUUGAAAAAUAAACUGAAAUCAAAGAUAAAAGACACUCAGAAAAUUGUUUUUUAUAAUAAACAGCAAAUACUAUAGAGCAGAUCUAAAGAGAAGAAAUCAAUAUUACAGCUUUUGAAAUUCUAGAGGAAAGUUAGGUUGAUGAUGAUAAGGAUUAAAUGGCUAAUUUAAGAUAAAUUUUAGAUGAAAAAUCAGAAUAACUUAUUCAAUAUGAAGAAUGCAUUAGAUAAUCUACAAAAUAAAUAAAAGAACAAAGAGCCCAAUUAUAAUUAUUAUAAUGUUAGCUUAAAUAAAUAAGGCAAUCUUAAUUCAAUUAAAAAAAUCUUAAAGAGUAUAUUUAAGUUUUAGAAAGUGAUUUCUUAGUCUCCAAAUAAUUGUUAGCUGAAAAAGCAGAUCGUUAUUAAGAAUAAGUGAUAUUCUUAACUUAAGAGAAUUACAAUCUGAAAUAAAAAAUAAAAUGCUUCCAAAAUAGAUAUCACAAGAAAGUAAAUAGGUAUAUCGAUUGA